AUGGCAGAUCUAUCACCAGACCCGUUUCAUGAGCAGAUCUGUGAGGAUUCAACCGCCUAUCCCCUCCUUGUUACGCUGCCUGAAUCGCGGCUUCUCCUUCAUUCCAGCAUACCAUUCUCUGUUGAUGACCUCUCCAAAUCAAUGCAUCAGAUCAAUAUAGCAGAUAUUGAGCCGCCACCACUUCUGGUGUUGCAUGAUCAUUAUAAUUAUGGGUUCCCUCAUCUUAUGUUGUUUGCUAUGGAGAAUAUUCCUCCUAUGAGGAAACUUAGUCUUGAUUAUGGUGAUGCCAGUGAAUGGACCGGGAAAUUAGCUAUAUAUACGCAGCCAUGCCCAGAAGUACUUUAUAAAAGUCCAAAAAAGUGGGACCAACGCGCAGUUAUGCUCGGCUCGGCUCUUGGCUCGAAAGCAAAUUAUGAUAAGGAGUGCAAGAUCUGUACUAGGCCAUUUACAGUGUUCUGGUGGAGACCUGGUAGGGAUGCAAGAUACAAGAAAAGUGAGAUCUGCCAAACAUGCAGCAAGUUGAAAAACGUUUGUCAAGUUUGCCUUUUAGAUCUUGAAUAUGGUUUACCAGUUCAAGUUCAUGAUACGGCACUCAGUAUCAACUCAAAUGACUCCAUAUCAAAGAGUGAUGUCAACAGGGAAUUCUUUGCUGAGGAACAUGAUCGCAGGGCAAGAGCUGGUCUAGAUUAUGAGUCCUCGUAUGGAAAGGAACGACCAAAUGAUACUAUUUUGAAACUGCAAAGGAUAACACCGUAUUACAAGAGAAAUCGAGCACAUAUUUGCAGUUUCUUCAUCAGAGGCGAAUGUACUAGAGGCGCUGAAUGCCCUUACAGGCAUGAGAUGCCUUUCACUGGUGAGUUAUCCCAGCAGAAUAUCAAAGACCGUUAUUACGGAGUUAAUGAUCCAGUUGCGCUAAAACUACUAAACAAGGCAGGCGAAAUGCCGUCGUUAGAACCCCCAGAGGACGAGAGCAUUAGAACGUUAUACGUAGGAGGGCUGGAUGCAGAGUUUCCGAGCAAGUCCUUAGAGACAACUUUUACCCCAGAGUUUCCGGGUGAUCAUGUGGCACUUACGUUUGCAUUUGCUGAAAUGGGGUUUAAGUUGCGGCGCCUUUACAUGCGAGAACAAGCUAUGUAGGCUGUGGGUUUAACCCAUUCAACAUGUCUUAUCACAUAGAAGAUUAACCAUCUUGAAUCGGUUCCUAUUGAAUAUGUGAUGGAUCCACGUAUAUGUUUAAAAUUUAUACAACACAAAUUGUGGGUUUGUAACUAUGGACAUAACUGCAUUUUAUUUGUCAUCUAAUUACAUUUCCGUUUGAGUAC